AUGAGAACAUCACUGAUAACGAGCCGGUAUAAACUCCAACGGCGGAGAUCCGUGACUGAACAAAAUGGCGAUCAUCAGAUAAAACGUUUACCGAGGAAGAAAAUGGUGUUUUGGGAGAUAACAUUGGGAACAGCCUACUUCUUAGGGCUGCGGCGGACUUAUCGACUAGCCUUGAAGAUCCAGCGUCGGAUUGUUAGCCCCAAGCAUCCGAAAACCCGGCAAUUUCUCCAUCGGAGGACUCGUAAAAUCUUCGAUGUGGCAGUUUCAGUGCACAAGAACAUACAGCAGAGAGACAUAGAAGUCGGCCGGAAUCUCGGAAACUGGAUUCUCCGCUGGCUCGACCGGUGGAAACCAGCGGCUCAGAUCCGUACUCCACCAGAACUACCACGCAGCACCAGCUCCAACAGCGUUGACAAGGCGAAAAGGCUAUCGGAAUUGUCACGUCCCAAAUCGAACACGAUGCAGACUCCACAAAACCGUGAAUCCGAUAGGCACUUGUUCUCCUCGUUGAAACACUUCCGGUACAAGCCAUUCCCGACUGUCUCCACGAUGAUCCAACCGCCGAGACCCAACAAUGGAACUACUACUCAGUACAGACACUACAGUGGCAAUGCAGCCUCAAGUCUGAUUCGGCCGAGCUAUGUUAGAGGCGGCGGGUUCGACGGUGUGAUCAGGAAGGACAUUUUGCAGUGGUUGGUACAGAGAUGA